ACUGAACUGCGUCCAUCGUGUGGCCGCCGUCGUUCUUGGUGCGUGAUGCAGUUUUAUGAAGACGAAUCAACACAACAGUGAAACGAAAAAGGACUAAAAACUACUCCUAAAGAGAAAUGUGGUGGUAGCUGAUUGCAUCUGAACACGGCUGUCUUCAACGUUAAGGAAUUACACAGGGAGUGAAGGUAGCCAGUAGUGAGGCACCAUGGCAGCUACCUUCCCCUACAGAGGGGUCCCUGCAGGGUUGCCACCAGGUGUCCCCCCUCCUGUGCCCGUCCCAGACUACAUGUCUGAGGAAAAGCUGCAGGAGAAAGCAAGAAAAUGGCAGCAAUUGCAGGCAAAGCGCUACUCAGAAAAGAGAAAGUUUGGCUUUGUGGAUGCUCAGAAAGAAGACAUGCCACCUGAGCAUGUCCGCAAGAUCAUCAGGGACCAUGGAGACAUGACCAACAGAAAGUUUCGCCAUGACAAGAGGGUGUACCUCGGUGCCCUCAAGUACAUGCCCCACGCUGUACUGAAGCUGCUGGAAAACAUGCCCAUGCCCUGGGAACAGAUCAGAGACGUGCCCGUCCUCUACCACAUCACUGGAGCUAUUUCCUUUGUGAAUGAAAUUCCCUGGGUCAUAGAGCCUGUCUACAUUGCCCAGUGA